ACCAGAAGAGACUGGAUUGUGUCUCCCACUUUGCUGUGGGACCAGAAAGGCCAUUCUCCUGGUACUCUGUUGUUGAUCUUUGAUUUCUCCGGACACGUUCUUUCUUCAGAAGUAAGCUGGGUACGGAGCCAGACUACACAGCAAUUGGUUUUGAUUUAAGACAGGGCAGGACACCACCCUCUAUCAGCGAAGAAGCUGCCAGAGUCACCUCUUUCCAGGAGAAGGCCUUGGCCGUGCCAUGAUGGGCUCCCUCACUGCAGCAAACACCAAGUUCUGCCUGGACUUCUUCAAAGAGCUGAGCAAAGGAAAAAGAGACAAAAAUAUCUUCUUCUCCCCGCUGAGCAUCUCGGCUGCCCUGAGCAUGAUCCAGCUGGGUGCCAGAGGCAGCACAGCUGAAGAGAUAGAAAAGGUGCUUCAUAUUCACGAGGUGCUGAGCACAGCAAGUCCAGGAACCAAAAACACCACUGGAAAGUGUGAAGAAGCCGGAGGAGCCCAUUCUCAGUUCCAGGAGCUUCUAUCUGCCCUUGAGAAAUCUGGUGCCACAUGUUCCCUCAGCAUUGCCAACAGGCUCUUUGGAGAAGUGACUUUUCAGUUCCCUCAGCAAUACUUAGACUCCACAAGGACCUUGUACCAUGCAGAGCUGGAAGCAAUGGACUUCAUUAACACAGCUGAUGAGUCCAGAAAGAAGAUGAAUUCCUGGGUGGAAAAGCAAACUUGUGGAAAAAUUAAAGAUCUCUUCCCUCCUGGCUCUAUUGAUCACACAACGGUGCUAGCUCUGGUCAACGCUAUCUACUUCAAAGGGAAAUGGGCUACAAAAUUUCUCGAGAAAAACACCAGGGAAAUGCCUUUCAGGCUGAACAAGAGAGAACACAGGAAUGUACUCAUGAUGCAUCGGAUAGGAAACUACAAAUUAGCCAGGAGACAAGAAGAACAAGUGACAGUGCUGGAGCUCCCGUAUGUUGGAGAAGAGUUGAGCAUGUUCAUUCUCCUGCCAGAAAACAUCUGUGAUGUGUCUACUGGCCUUGAACAGCUAGAGAGUGCUGUCACUUAUGAGAAAUUAGUAGAAUGGACCGAUAUGAAGAACGUGUUUCUACAAGAAAUUGAAGUGUACUUGCCCCGGUUCAGAAUGGAGGAGAGCUUUGAGCUCACACCAGUACUGCAGGCUCUGGGGAUGAGGAAUGUCUUCAGUCCUGAGCAAGCUGAUUUCUCUGGGCUGUCAAUAAAGCCUUGGCUGUACCUCUCCAGGGCUAUUCAUAAGUCCUUUGUGGAAGUUAAUGAAGAAGGCACUGAGGCAGCAGCUGCUUCUACAUGGAUCGUAUGUGGGGACAUGUACCCCAUCGGCACUACUUAUGAGUUCAGAGCUGACCACCCAUUCCUCUUCUUGAUCAAACACAAUCCGAGCAAGAACAUUCUUUUCUUUGGCCGAUGUUGUUCCCCCUAAGGAAAGAUUUUACUUCUUUCUUCACAAAGAGAGCAUAAUACUAUGGUAAAAAGAAGUAAGGCAUAAACAACACAUUACUAUCAAGUGUCACUGGCAUUUCCUGAUAUCCAUAAUCUUGAUCCCAAGAGAAAAAAAAAGCUGCCUUGGCAAGACUACGAGAAAAAAAUUAUAAUGGGCCUUUCCUGUUUAGAGCUCUUCUCAAACUUGGAAGCAACACUAAUGGAGCUUAUUUCAUUCUUGGCCAUGAAAACUCUCACUGGAGAAGGGUUGUCUAAACAGUUGGGUGAAGUGCUGUGUAAAUGAGGAAGUCCAAAAUGAUGCCUUCCCUCUUGAGCUCUAUGGCAAGACUGGUGGUGGGGUCAGCCUCCAGAAGGUUUUGCAGACCUUCCUCCCCAGCCACCAGAUCCCAAGCCAGAGACAGCUCAGUGAUGAACCUCCUGCUUCCCUCCCACAUGUCUCCAGCAACCCAAUGCCUUAAUGCCACCAGGAGGGGAGGCUUUUGGCUGCCGUGAUGGCAGUGAAACCCACAGGUUGUGUUCAUGUCCUGAGUACAGCUCCAUACAGACAUUGAGCAUGGAGAUACAUAGUUCCAUUUGUCCCUCUCUCUUCUCCUCAGGUACCUUCUCCAGCCCUCCCCUCUGAGAAGGACCUCAGAAGGACCUGAGGGUGAGAAGUGACAGGAGCCUUUCCCACAGCGGUAGAGACACAAAAGAUACCCCUGGGCAGAGGCAGUUCCCAUUCAGCACAAGAGAGAGAAGUCCUGCUCCUCUCUGGUGGGCUCUGGGCCAUUAUGGUCUUUGCCUGGCUGUGAUUUGGCAGCGAGCCUUUUCAGUGUGAUGCAGCACCUCCUCAGAGAGUGCAGGCUCAUCAGUGUUUUGUUGUAAGGGGUUCCUAAGAGCACCAGAACAGUCCCAUUUCCCUGCAGUGCAAGUCCAAGCCACAAACACCUUCACAAUGAUGCCAGCUUUCUGCCUGACAAAGCCUCGACAGGUUUCAGGGGGAACCCAAUAACCCUACAGUGACAUGUUAUCUGUCAUCAAAAAGUUGGUAGCAUCUUCUUUGACCUCAGCUGUGCCAUGCUUGUUUGUCCUCUUCUGGAGAAAGCUGGAUAUUGCUUUCUUCCCAUUUUUUUUUCUCCUGCUGCAAGCAUCAAGUGUAGACACAUGGUCUCACACACAGUAUCCUAUGAGUGCGUUUGGUUUUCCAAAACUUGGUACAUUUAUAACAAUUAAUGAUAGCUUACAAGUAAUUUUAGCUGUAGUAGUACAGUUAAACUGUAGUAGUUUUCUGAACCAUAUAGUGU